ACGGAAGUCCGGUCCGCCGAGUCUCCACGUUUCCUCGUGCUUUCCACCGCCGGCAUGGCGCAUUAUAACUUCAAGAAGAUUACGGUGGUGCCGUCUGCCAAGGACUUUAUUGACCUGACAUUAUCCAAGACUCAACGAAAGACUCCAACAGUUAUUCAUAAGCAUUAUCAAAUUCAUCGAAUUCGACAUUUUUAUAUGAGAAAAGUCAAAUUUACUCAACAGAAUUACCAUGACAGACUGUCACAGAUUUUGACAGAUUUCCCCAAAUUGGAUGAUAUCCAUCCAUUUUACGCUGACUUGAUGAAUAUCCUCUAUGACAAGGAUCAUUACAAGUUGGCUCUCGGUCAAAUAAAUAUUGCCAAAAAUUUGGUGGACAAUGUUGCCAAAGAUUAUGUGCGGCUUAUGAAAUAUGGUGACUCUCUGUACCGCUGCAAGCAGCUGAAGCGCGCUGCCCUUGGGCGCAUGUGUACUAUUAUCAAGAGACAGAGGCAGAGUUUGGAGUAUUUGGAACAAGUACGUCAACAUUUAUCCCGCUUGCCAACCAUUGAUCCAAAUACAAGGACUCUGCUUUUGUGUGGGUAUCCAAAUGUUGGGAAAUCCAGCUUCAUCAAUAAGGUGACAAGAGCAGAUGUAGAUGUUCAGCCCUAUGCAUUUACCACCAAAUCUCUGUUUGUUGGGCACAUGGACUAUAAGUAUCUGCGCUGGCAGGUCGUAGAUACCCCAGGGAUUUUGGAUCAUCCUUUGGAGGAUCGGAACACCAUUGAAAUGCAGGCUAUCACAGCCCUGGCCCAUCUCCGAGCUGCAGUUCUGUAUGUGAUGGAUUUGUCCGAGCAGUGUGGACAUGGGUUGAAGGAGCAGCUAGAACUCUUCCAGAAUAUCAGGCCUCUGUUUAUCAACAAGCCUCUUAUUAUUGUGGCAAACAAAUGUGACGUGAAGAGAAUAGCCGAGCUUUCUGAAGAAGAUCAGAAAAUAUUUAUGGACUUGCAAACUGAAGGAUUCCCUGUCAUUGAGACCAGUACCCUGACUGAGGAAGGUGUCAUCCAGGUUAAAACAGAGGCUUGUGAUAGGCUUUUGGCUCAUCGAGUAGAAACGAAAAUGAAAGGAAAUAAAGUGAAUGAGGUUCUGAACAGAUUGCAUUUAGCUCUGCCAAACAAGAGAGAUGAUAAGGAGAGACCGCCUUUCAUCCCAGAAGGAGUGGUGGCUCGAAGGAAAAGAAUGGAGAUUGCAGAGCCCAGGAAGAAGAGGGAACGAGAUCUUGAGCUGGAAAUGGGAGAUGAUUAUAUUUUGGAUCUUCAGAAAUACUGGGACCUAAUGAAUUCAUCCGAGAAAUAUGAUAAGAUACCGGAGAUCUGGGAAGGCCAUAAUGUUGCUGAUUAUAUCGAUCCUGCUAUCAUGAAGAAAUUGGAAGAGUUAGAAAAGGAAGAAGAGCUAAGAACAGCUGCUGGGGAGUAUGACAGUGAGUCUGAAAGUGAAGAUGAGGAAAUGGUGGAAAUCCGACAGCUGGCAAAACAAAUUAGAGAGAAAAAGAAGUUGAAAAUUCUACAGUCCAAAGAAAAGAAUACACAGGGACCCAGGAUGCCCCGAACUGCUAAGAAGGUUCAGCGAGCAGACUUGGAGAACGAAAUGCGAAGUCUUGGUGUUGACAUGAAUGAUAAAGACAAUGCCCACUAUGCAGUCCAGGCAAGAAGAUCUCGGAGUGUCACUAGGAAAAGAAAACGGGAAGAGUCUGUUCCACCUUCUUCUGUAGCCCGGAGUCGGAGUUGCUCUCGAACUCCACGUGACGUUUCUGGUCUUCGGGAUGUCAAGAUGGUGAAGAAAGCCAAGACUAUGAUGAAGAAUGCCCAGAAGAAGAUGAAUCGCUUGGGGAAGAAAGGGGAAGCAGAUAGGCAUGUGUUUGAUAUGAAGCCCAAGCACUUACUCUCUGGGAAGAGGAAAGCUGGCAAAAAGGACAGGAGAUAGUGUCCUCUGCAGUUGGUGUGCUUUGGCUGGACUCUUGUUUAUUUCUGGGUAUGGUAAGGUGUGCCUUAUAAAAUCUGGAAUCACCAUCUGUUAACUGAAAGAAACUAUGGAAAAGACUUACAAGUGCUUGUUGCUUUGCUGGGAACUGGUAAACCUGAUUAGGUGUGCAGUGUAUUGGUCACUGCAUAAUUCAGGUGUCUAAGUAUGGAGCAUCUACAGGACUAAUUUUACAGGAAAGGUUUAUGGUAGCUGGGCUGUAGUGGUACACACCUUUAAUCUCAGCACUCAAGAGGCAGAGGCAGGUGGAUCUCUGAGUUCAAGGCCAGCCUGAGCUGCAGAGUGAGUUCAAGGCCAGAGCUCUACACAUAGAAACCCUUUCUCAAAACAAACAAAUAAAAAGGUAAAGAUUUAUUGGUAUAAGUAGGCUGCUUUUGGUGGAGAACAAACUUCGUUUUGUAGUGGAACUUUUGUUAGUAUUCAGGUACCUCUAUUGCUCUGCUUUGGGGUCCUGACAGUUUGUGUUCUCAGCUACAGCCACUAAGAGCACCUCCUGUGCACAUUUGCUGUGUUUCCUUUUCAGAGGUGGGUCUUGCCCACUUCUCAUCUCUCUCUCUUUCCCCAACUCCUCCUUUUCUCCUCCACCACUCUUGUUCCCAGGUACCAGUCUCUGCUCCCCUUUCUGUCCUCCUCUCUGCUCCCUUUUUGUCCCCUUUUCUGCCCCUUCUCUUUCCUCUAACAAAAAAACUCCCAUGUGAACCCCAUUGUGAGGUGUGACUCCUUCCCACCAUUUUUUAAAUUUUAACGACUUUGCUUUGUUAUCCAGAUUGCCUAUUGUUUUGUGAAGAAAGCAUCUCCACUGGAAGGUGUAGGCAGAAGGCUACCAGCCUUUCUGAAGAAGCACAUUUAGGAGUGUGUGAGAACUGAAAUUACUCUCUUAAAUUAUUUUCUAGACAUUCAGCUCAAUGUAUGAUUGUAACUUCCACCAUUUUAUUAAAUAAACUUCCAGAAAAAAUUAGUUUUGAUUACAUAAGUAUUGUUUGGUUUAAUUAAAGUUGCUAUGAUGGCCAAAGAAAAAAGACAAAGAGAUAGACUUUGCUUCUUUGUUCUUAGAUCAAAAAUACUUUUUCAGGGAAACAAAUGCCUCAGUUUUUGCAGCAGUUAAAUGACAUCUUCAUGAACCAUUGCUGGAUAAAGGAACAAUUCCACUUAAAAAAAAGAGGGGGCCGGGCGGUGGUGGCGCACGCCUUUACUCCCAGCACUUGGGAGGCAGAGGCAGGCGGAUCUCUGUGAGUUCGAGACCAGCGUGGUCUACAAGAGCUAGUUCCAGGACAGGAACCAAAAAAAGCUACGGAGAAACCCUGUCUCGAAAAACCAAAAUAAAUAAAUAAAUAAAUAAAGAGGGAAACUUGGGAGUGAGCUUGAACAGAAGAUUAGUGCCCUGAAAGGUACUAAAACAUAAAUGAGAAGAAUCAUAGUGUGGCUGGGACUACAUCCCCUGUUCAGACAACAGAAGACAGUCUUCAAGAUGCCUGCUUCCUGUCAGAGCCACAGCUUCCAUUCAGACCUUUAUCAAAACCCAGUGACAUGUGGCAUGAGUAAUAAAAACCCAGAGACAGAUUCGGUUCAACCUGAAGAUCAGGAAAGCAAAGCAGCCAGCCACUGGCUCUUACCUCUACUUCUGCCUCCACAAAUCCUCAGAAUGAGACUGAGCUGGGAUUAAAAGCAUGUACCACCACUGCCUGGUCUCUAUGGCUGGUGUGGCUACUGGGAUUAGAGGUGUGUGCCACUACUGCCUGGUCUGUAUGGAUGACCAAUGAGGUUGUUUUACACCAUUAUCUUCAGCCAAGUUUUAUUUAGUAAAAUACGAAUGAAAUAUCACUACAAAGGAACAUAGCUUACGUGGUCUUGGCAGUUUGCAUGUAAGGAUGGAGUAUGACGUAAGUGCUGUCCACACUUCAGGGAAGAAGCUGUUUAGGGAGAAUAAAGAUUUGCCAUCAACCUCAGGAAGUCAGAGGCGAUGGGCUAGAUUCUGGGAAUUCCAGCUGGAAAAAGCCGCUGAGGCUAAACUUUGCAACUGGACAGGGACAUGUCAGAGAAGAUUCUAAUGUCAGAAUCCCUCUACUCCAGCUGAGGCGGUUUUGUUCAGCUCUGAAUUCAUUGUGGGAAUGACGACCCCAACUUAAUGAAGAAUUAGGAUACUUCCACUUGAUGUUUUUAAUUUUCAAGAAAAUUAAUUGCCUAAGCUGGGCAUAAUGGCACAUGUCUUUAAUCCCAGCAGGGAGGUAGGGGUGCAGGGAUCUCUGGGAGGCUAGCCUGGUCUACAUAGUGAGUUCUAGGACAACCAAGGGUACAUAGACUAUUUUAGGAAAAAAAAAAAAGAUUAAUAUAACUACAGGUUCCAAAGGGUUUGAGAAGCAAUGGAAUAGAAGUUCUUCAUUAUGCAAAUGAAGAGAAAUCAGAUUUUUCUUUUCCAAAUUUCCAGAUGACUGAAUCUUUUAAUAUAAUUUACAUCAUAAAGAUUAUGAGGGGCUGGAGAGAUGGCUCAGUGGUUAAGAGCAUUACCUGCUUUUCCAAAGGUCCUGAGUUCAAUUCCCGGCAACCACAUGGUGGCUCACAACCAUCUGUAAU